AUGAGCAAUGGCAGUGGGAAGACUGGAAAACAGCUUGAGCAGACUAACCUUACAACGAGGAGGAGGAAAGUUGGUGGUAGUGAUGAAUUUGCGCAGUCUAUUGCGAAGAUUGCAGUAGCACAGGUAUGCGAGAGUAAGGGUUUUCAGGGAUUUCAGCAGUCGGCACUAGAGACAUUAUCCGACGUUACUGCUCGGUAUAUUAUGAAUAUUGGGAAGUCUGCGAAUUGCUAUGCUAAUCUUGCUGGUAGAAAUGAAUGUAAUAUUUUUGAUGUAGUUCAAGGGUUGGAAGAUGUGGGGUUAAUGCAGGGGUUUACAGGGGCUUCGGAUAUUGAUCACUGUCUUGAAGAUUCGGGUGUUAUUAGGGAAAUUGUUCAGUUUGUUAAUGAGGUUGAACCGGUUAUGUUUGCACACCCGAUUCCUCCGUUUCCAUUUGUGAAAGAACGGGUGCUGCCUCUGAGUUUUUUGCAAAAAGGAGAAGAGCCCCCUGAUGAGCAUAUUCCGGCGUGGUUGCCUGCAUUUCCUGAUCCUGAAACUUAUUCACAGUCAACUAUGGUGAAUGGAAGAGGGACAGAACCAGGUGUUUCCAAAUUUGAGCAUGAAAGAGAGAAUGGAAAGGCGGAUCGGCCUCUGUUGAAUUCGCAGCAGAAGAUGGUCUCAAAUAUGUUUGAAAACACUACCAUGAUUGACCCUGCAAUUGCUAAAGCAAAGACAGUAGCAGCAGAAAGUAACCCUUUCCUUGCAGCUCCUUUGAGAAUUGAGGAUAAAGAAGUUGCUUCUGCUGCUCCUCCAGCUAAAUUCUUUAAUAAUAUUGUAGUUUCUGAUAUUCCUAUUGUAGAAAAUUUUAUUGAAAAAGAACCCAUUUCGGUAUUGGAGACGUUUGCUCCAGCAAUUGAAGCGAUAAACAAUACAUGUGGUGAUUCCAAGGAAGAUCGGACUAAAUUUCCUGUGAAAGAGAAGCCUACUGUACGUUUUAAGGUCGGGACUAAAAAUAAAUUAUUUGGAAGGUCAAUUGGUUUCAUUCCACCAAAAGAUGAGCAUAAAAAGACUUUGCCCUGGUUUGCAAUGGAAGAUGAGAAGGAUGACAGGAAAAGAAGGGCCGAGAAAAUUUUGAGGGAAUCUUUGGAAAACCCAGAUCAGCUUGUUCAGUUGUAA